ACAAAUAUUCUUGAGGGAGAAAAGGGUCACUCGCGCUCCGCUGGAUGGGAUCUUUUUUAGUCCACCCUCUUCCUUCCCUGCCGCCACUGGACACUUUCAUGACGCGCCUUUUGGUUUGCAGUUCCGACAUUUAGUUAAGAGUUUCCUCCGGACUUGACAGGCUGAGCGCGCAGCCGUAUAUAAUUCCCCCGGUUGGAGAUCAGAUAAGAGAAGAGAAAUGGCCACGUCUGAACCGAGAGCCACCGGUGGGGACCAGGACCCCAACUCGGCUAAUUUAAGACCUCCAUCUGCAACCUACGAAUAUGCGUGGAUGCACGGAUGCACACGGAAACUGGGGAUGAAGAUCUGCGGAUUUCUGCAGAAGAACAACAGCCUGGAUGAGAAGGGGAAGAAGAACCUGCUGUCGUGCGACAACAGCGACAGGGACGCGCGUUUCCGCCGCACCGAGACCGACUUCUCCAACCUGUUCGCCCGAGACCUGCUUCCAGCCAAGAAUGGGGAGGAGCCGACCAUGCAGUUCCUGCUGGAGGUGGUGGACAUCCUCACCAACUACGUUAAGAAGACGUUCGACCGCUCCACCAAGGUGCUGGACUUCCACCACCCGCACCAGCUCCUGGAGGGCAUGGAGGGCUUCAACCUGGAGCUGUCCGACCAGCCCGAGUCCCUGGAGCAGAUCCUGGUGGACUGCAGGGACACGCUCAAGUACGGGGUCCGCACAGGUCACCCGCGCUUCUUCAACCAGUUAUCUUCUGGUCUGGACAUCAUCGGCCUGGCGGGAGAGUGGCUCACCUCCACGGCUAACACCAACAUGUUCACCUACGAGAUCGCGCCGGUGUUUGUGCUGAUGGAGCAGCUGACUCUGAAGAAGAUGAGAGAGAUGAUCGGCUGGCCGGGCGGAGAAGGAGACGGCCUCUUCUCACCAGGAGGCGCAAUCUCCAACAUGUACAGCGUCAUGAUCGCACGCUACAAGUAUUUCCCAGAGGUCAAGACCAAGGGCAUGUCUGCUGCUCCUCGGCUGGUCCUCUUCACAUCCGAACACAGCCACUACUCGAUAAAAAAGGCCGGGGCUGCUCUGGGCUUUGGGUCGGAGAACGUGGUCCUUCUUAGUACCGAUGAGAGGGGGAGGGUCAUCCCUGCAGACCUGGAGGCGAAAAUCAUCGACACUAAACAGAAGGGUUACGUGCCGUUGUUCGUCAACGCCACCGCUGGAUCAACCGUGUACGGAGCCUUCGACCCCAUCAAUGAGAUCGCCGACAUCUGUGAGAAAUACAACCUGUGGCUCCACGUGGAUGGGGCCUGGGGGGGGGGACUGCUGAUGUCCAGGACGCACCGCCACAAGCUCAGCGGAGUGGAGAGGGCCAACUCCGUCACGUGGAACCCUCACAAGAUGAUGGGCGUCCCUCUGCAGUGCUCCGCCAUCCUGGUCCGAGAGAAGGGAAUCCUGGCAGGCUGCAACUCCAUGUGCGCCGGCUACCUGUUCCAGCCGGACAAGCAGUACGACGUCACCUACGACACCGGAGACAUGGCCAUCCAGUGCGGCCGGCACGUCGACAUCUUCAAGUUCUGGCUCAUGUGGAAGGCAAAGGGCACCAUCGGGUUCGAGCAGCACAUUGACAAGUGUUUGGAGCUGUCUCAAUACCUGUACAACAAGAUCAAGAACAGGGAGGGCUACGAGAUGGUGUUCGACGGCGUGCCCCAGCACACCAACGUCUGCUUCUGGUACAUUCCCCCCAGCCUGAGAGGGAUGCCCCACGGCGAUGAGCGGCGGGAAAAGCUCCACAGGGUGGCUCCCAAGAUCAAGGCCAUGAUGAUGGAGUCGGGCACCACCAUGGUGGGCUACCAGCCCCAGGGCAACAAGGUCAACUUCUUCCGCAUGGUGGUCUCCAACGCUGCGGCCACCCAGUCCGACAUCGACUUCCUCAUCGACGAGCUGGAGAGGCUGGGCAACGACCUGUAGACCUGUAGACCCCCGGACCACGCGGAUAACAUCUCCCUACGUCUCUUGUAGUCCGAGUACCAGUGAGGUGGAACAUCCCGCUGCUGCAGGCAGAGAAAUCACAGCACAUGUUUAGCUUCUCCUGUCCUGCGCAUCUUUGCCUGAAGCGUCCUAAAUGUUUCAAAGACAACUAGCAACGAUCCUCACUGUGUGUGUGUGUGUGUGUGUGUGUGUGUGUGUGUGUGUGUGUGUGUGUGUGUGUGUGUGUAAUCUAGUUUCUUGUCAGUGACAUUUGUUUUCUAAGGUCCACAUGUUUGCACCUGAGUGGGAAAAGCACAGAUAGAAACAUGAGAACCAGUAAGUUAUUCUGCUUUAUCCCACACUUGUAACUCACAAUUGCAUCACUGGUGCUUUCAGGUGUGUAUAUAUGUAUAUAUAUAUACACACACAUAGGUAUAUACAUAUAUAUAAAGUAUAUAUACAUACAGUAUGUGUGUGUGUAUAAUUCUACUGCACCAAACUAUUUGACUUAAACCAGUUCCCUAACCCCUGCAGGUGUGCAAAUGUGCAGAUGUAGGUGUGCAAAUGUGCAGAUGUGCAGAUGUGCAGGUGUGCAAAUGUGCAAAUGUGCAGAUGUGCAGGUGUGCAGGUGUGCAGGUGUGCAAAUGUGCAGGUGUGCAGGUGUGCAGAUGUGCAGGUGUGCAAAUGUGCAGGUGUGCAGGUGUGCAGGUGUGCAGAUGUGCAGGUGUGCAGAUGUGCAGGUGUGCAGGUGUGCAGGUGUGGCAGGUGUGCAGAUGUGGCACACUGAGUGUAUUGGUCAUGUAGUUCCAGGCUCAUUCUCAGCCUAGACGUGUGUGAAGAUGAGAGGAUUUAUUGUCCUUUGCUAGCAAAGCUACAGCUAGAAUAUUCCCCCUAUUCCUGAUGAGUUGUAUUCACGACGUUCUCAGAUACUCCAGGCCCGUGGCAGCCGUUGACUUGUGAAACGCUGCUUCCCCGUCUGUUUCCUGUAAUCACGCCAUACCCAUAAAUGACGAUAGGAUUGAUAGAAUAUUAAUGUCUGAUUAUAUAAGAACAAACACAGUAUCUAAUGCAUUUACAACAUUUGCACAUUCAGGUAUUUUACUGUAAAUGUAUAUUUAUGUGUAUUACAUAGUAAUGCAUUUAUAAAUGUAAUCAAAAGAAUUUAGUAAGAUUUUAUCUAUUGUGAAUCUGUCUGCCAAAGAAAGAGAGUCGGGAUCAGAGCAGUCGUCUUUUGUGUAGGAUUGUUGUAGAUUAUAGGUGUUUGUAGAGUUUUACCGACCGACGUUCAAACAACAUGCCGUUUCCCCCUUUGUGUUUUUGUGACUCUUUUAGACUGAAUGUUUGGAGAUGACUGGUUGGCCUUCUGAUGAGAUCAGGAAUGAAUUUCUAUGGUAUUGUGGCCAUGGCGCCCUCCUGUUUUCUUUCCUUUAUUUCUCUAGAAUCAAGCACAAAGGUGUGAGAAUGUACUCUUCUUUGGGUGCUGGGAAGAAAGUAUUGUCGUUCCAUCUGAAUCCCAACGCAGUUACUGUACUAUAGUAUAUUAAAUGUAAUACCUAUUACUUGUAUUCUCAGUGUUUCGGGGGCCCAGUGGAAUAUCUUGUAGUGGGGCUCCUGUUUAUGUCUUUGCAACAACGGUAACUUUUCUUUCUUCCAUUGUAAAUGGACGUGUAUUUAAAGAUAUUAACAAACUAUUUGUGGUAAUUAGGGACCAUAUGUGAAUGGCACAACUGCAUAAAUCAUAUUCAGUGUAACCUGUGUACUGUUUGUUGCCAAUGACUUAUACGUGACAAAUCUGAGUUUUGAUGAAGAGAGUUGUAAGGGAAUAUUUCCCAGGAGGUUUUCAGUAGGCACUUUAAAAGAAUUAUACAUCAUGAAAAAAUAUAUUAAAGUUUAUUGAAGGUAAAAUUGA